AUGAAGAAUGGAAUAACAGGCAGUCUUCUAAUCGACUUCCAAGGUGCCUCCUCUGAGGCAAACGUUCUGAGCCCCUCCAAUCCACAACCGCUCUCCGGUUUGGCAGCCGAACAAACACCAAUGGAUGACCUCCAAGGUGCCUCCUCUGAGGCAAACUCUCCGAGCUCCUCCAAUCCACAACCGCUCUCCAGUUUGGCAGCCGAACAACCACCAAUGGACCCACAUUUGUAUUCCAAUUAUGGUCCUGUUACGAAUGAAGAAGUUGCAGCCAGUUCCACUUACAUUACUCCCCUUCAACCAUUUAUGGACUUUGAAUUUUCCGCUUCUGGUGACGAUGAUGGAUUUUGCAUCAACGACAUGUGUCCUCCCCCAGUGCAUAAUUCAGAAGAUAGUGAUCAGGUGGAGGAUGUUGCUGCUGAUCCAGUUUGCUCAGUGACAGCUGAUCCAGUUUGUGUCAAGGUUUAUGCAAGAAGAAAUAAUAAUAUCGGCAAGGUUUAUAUGCAAGAAGAACUAACCUCCGAAGCCAAGUUCCCUGAAAGACUCAAGAGUGCAUCUGCAUUACUUGGAAUGCAUUACAUUUAACAUAAGUGUAAUUGACGUCCAUUUUGUAGUCCGGGUUGAUCUGAGUUCUGAACUCGUGAAAGAAAGAAGGUUAGAAGGCCUUUUUUUUUUUUUUUUGCUCGGCAAGGUUAGAAGGCCUUGAAGACAUGCACUAGGGUGUUGGUGUUUUAAGGAUCCUGUGAGGAUUAAGUUAGCCUCUCUUUUUUUGGGUAAAUCAAGUUAGCCUCUUAAUAAGGCAAAAGAAAGAAACAACUAGUUUUUAGGUGAAAAAGGAAAAAAAAAG